AAGAUGGAAAGAUGUUACAGCCACUUUCAAUUUCCUUCCACAGCCACAAAUGCUUCUUUUGAGCUGCGAAAAUACUACUAUUCAUUGCUUCGACACUAUGAGCGAAUCUACUACUUCAAUGCCCGCGAUUAUUCUCCUGGUGUCUUGCAGAGUCUGAAUCCUGCACCUUCUGCAGUCCAUGGAUUACCUGAAAUGUCCGCAGCAGCAGCUCAGCCUGCAAAUGUACAUCAGAACCAGAUAAACACUACAGAGUCUGUGUCUCAAUGUAUGCUUCAAUUCUAUGUAGAGUGACAAUUGUUUGACUUGUGCUUUUCAUCACUUAUAUGGUUCACACAAACAAAUGCCUAUCUACUUACUGUACUUAGCAUAUUUGGCUGGGUCUUAUCUUUACCUUGCUAAGAGGAACAGGCUAUGUGUCCUUCAUCGGUUUUUUCUGUAUUUGUUUGUAUAGGAAAUAG